AUGCAAAUGGUCAAGGAUGUUCUAGCCAACAGUGAUAAAGUUUCAGAGGUCCUACAAGAGUCUACUCAUCAGUUCAACCUGCUUACUUCACCCACCUUCCUACCAAAGGUCAAGGAUCAAGGGAAAUUCACUCUCCCUUGCACACUUGGGCAUCUUGAGAUUGACAAUGCCUUAGUGGAUUCUGGAGCAAGCAUCAAUCUGAUCUCUCUCUCCAUGGCAGAGAAGCUAGGCAUAGCUGGAGCCUUGCAGCGCCCUACUACUUCAAUCAUGUUUGGAGAUGCAACUUCUAAGUCUCCUCUUGGAGUGUUCAAGAACUAUCACUUGAAAAUUGGAGAAUGCAUCAUCCAAACUGAUCUCACUGUGAUGGAAAUGGAAGAAGAGAAGGAUUUGCCUUGUUAUUGGGAACCCCUUUCCUUACCUAGAGGUUCAGACUUUUGUGCCACAAUUGACAGUACCAAUCUCAGUUCUAAGAGUCAUGGAGCUACAAAGGUUGUGAAGGAAAGGGUUGACAAGGAACCAAGAGUUGGGAAGGAUAAGGAUGAGAGAGGACCAAGGAUUGAGAAGCCACGUCUUGAGAGGGCUAGAGUUGAGAAACCACGAUCUGAUAGGCCAAGAGCUGAGAGACUUGUUCAAGCCCCUUGUGUGCUUGAUGAAGAGAGCCUUCAAGCUUUGUUUGAUGAGCCACUAGGAAGGGCUCUAAAAGAAGGGGAGGAUGCAGCCUCUAAGGCAAGACCAGGAGAUAAAAGAAAGGAUCCACCAGCUCAGGCCCCUUCAGUCAAGCCAUCUCAGCUCACAAUGACUUUGUUCCCCACCAAGUUUGAAAAUGGGAAGAUUGAGUACAAGAUAAGGUACAAGGGGAGAUCAAGGCCAUUCUCUAGAGCCAAGGCCUUGGUGACUUCAGAACAGUCCAGGGACCCAACCAAGCUAAAGGAGCUUCUGUCUCAAGUCCUCACUAUCACCCUUGAUGGUGGGACUAGCUCAACCAAUGCCUAA